UUGUUCGAAGGAGAACUUCUCUGUAAGAUUUUCAUUUGUUUCAGUGUUUGGACUUUAUGUCGGAAACCGAUCUCGCUGAAAAGGCGGAAGCUGCUUGAUGGACAUUCAGAUGCUGUGACAUGUCUGGUUGUCUGUUCUGCCCACGCUUUUGUUGUGUCAGCUAGCCGAGAUUGCUCAGUGAUCUUGUGGCAUCAGUCCGAGCUGUAUCUUAUUCGUCAACUCCCACCACAUCCGAGCCCUGUGUCGGCUGUAGCCGUCAACGACACGACGGUAAAACCGAAUUACCGAAUAGCACCCUGGAAAAUGUUCACCUUGUUCUUUUGCGUUCAGGGAGAUAUUGCAACAUCUUGCUCGACAUUACUGCACUUGUGGUCAAUUAAUGGCGAACUGUUGGCUGUAGUGAACACAUGCGAUUCGAACCUUAUCAUGGAUCCGUCCCAAAUGAUCCUUAGUCUCACUUUUAGUACGAUGAAUGAGUGGGACACAGACAACGUGGUCGUUUGUGGAACGAGUGAUGGUGUCGUGAAGAUCUAUUCUUGUGUAAUGGUGGAGAAUGACGGAUCCGUUGAAGCGCCGCAUAUCGAACCGCAAGUGAAGCAAGGCACGUCUUCAUCUGCAAGUGUUCAUGCGCGAUUGGAUCGCGUGCGUCGCCGUCUCAAGGUGAGCGGAAGUCAGGACACAAGUGAGGCUCACAGCCCUGAACCACCUGCCAGUCCAAUAACAAGUGGAAUGCAACCUCAAGGUAGGUACUCUACCUUUUUUUUGUUCUCCCAGGACCGUAUUAUUUCUUUCACAGGAGUGAUUGAUGGAGACAAGACCGUUUGUCCCCAGUAUGUGCGAGUUCUUAUGCAGCGAGCUGCUUUAACCGUCCAUACAGCAUUCAACAGGCCGGACAAUACCCAUCCAGCUCCAAUCACUUGCUUGACGCCGAGCAAAGAUCACAAAUCAUUUUUGGUCGGUGACGGUAUCGGAAGAGUAUGGUGCUGGCAGGCAGGUGAAGAUGGUGGUCGUGCCGAUCAUUGGGUCCAGGAUGUAUCAAGGCAAAGAUGUACACAGUGCCAGCAUAAGUUCUCCAUAGCCGAUCGGAAGCACCAUUGUAGAAAUUGCGGGCAGAUUUUCUGUGCCAAGUAG